AUGCUGGCUCUCAUGGCUCUCAGCUCCGUCGCCGCCCUCCUCUUCGUCUACAUAUUCAUGCCAGCGCUUUGGAUGUCCAUCAUGUCCGUCGACGAGUCUCUCGAUGCCCAUGAGUCAGGUCUUGCCCUCGUUGCCUCUCGCAAUCCUUUCCGCGAGACAGGGCCCCCUGCUAAUAUGGCGAAGCUUAUCUUGCUACGACACAAAAUACAAACAAGUAAUAGGAAGCGUCGCAGCUCCUCACGCCAGCCCUCACGAACCUACACUAUUCCUACCUCCAGAGCAUCGAAACCCGUCUGGAUACGCUUCGGGAAACCAUUUGGAGGCAAACAGUAUCAUUGA